AUAACCUGCAGGCUGGGAACUGGUGCUGGUUUGAACUGGCCUGAACACUGUUAACAACAGCGAGGAACAUGAGCAGAGGGCAGAACUGGAGGCUAACUUUAGAAACAAGCUUUGGAAAGAACUCUGCGGAUGAUUGACAGGCCUACUCUCCUCCAGGUCUGCAUGGUGCAACAUGCCAGCAAUAAAGGGUGGGCAAGGGUUACAGCCUCACUAGAAGAAUAAAAGUCUCCGACACUGCAGGAAGUGCAAAGCAUUCAACAGAGCGGAGGCAACAGGGAGAACACUGAGGUCUUUCUCCAGCCCAUCCUAAACAGAAAGUAUCCAAAGCAACAAAGCAUCACUGUAUAUCAGGUUUCCCUGGGCAUAGUAAAGUGAAGCUACAAAAGUAGGAGACAUGAAUCUGAAUGAAAGAAGGAAGAGUGAGAUCCUCCUGGAGGAGAUGUUGCUAUUGACUGCCCAGAACCUGCCUGAAGUAGAAGUGAAGGAUAACUACACAAUUCUCAAGGAGCUGGGCAAUGGCUCUUACGGUCAUGUGCUUCUAGCAAUGAACCAGUCACAAGGAAAUCUAAUGGCACUGAAGUUUAUGCAGAAGAGCAUAACAGAUCUUCGUGUUUUUCUUGGGGAAUAUUGUGUCUCACUAAUUCUGGCAGCUCACCCGUGCAUUAUUGGAACCUUUGGCAUCGCCUUUCAGACUGACAGCCAUUAUGUUUUUGCCCAAGAGUUGGCAGUGGACAACCUCUUCUCCCUCAUGAAACCUCAGAUUGGAGUGCCUGAGAUGACAGUUAAACGAUGUGCAAUACAAGUUUCUAGCGCUUUGGAGUAUAUGCACCUAAAAGGACUGGUUCAUCGUGAUAUAAAAGCCGAAAAUGUCCUUAUUUUUGACCGGGAAUGCCGCCAGGUUAAGUUGACUGACUUUGGACUCACCUGUACUAAGGGCACCUCAGUGGAAUCUCUGCCUGAGAACUUGCCUUAUACAGCACCAGAAAUGUGCAAACUGGGUGCUUCUGACAGUCUGAUUGUGCAAACCAGCCUUGAUGUUUGGUCCUUUGGGGUGCUCUUAUUCUGUAUCUUGACUGGAUAUUUUCCUUGGAACUCUGCAGUGCCAACUGAUAAAAAUUAUUCAGCUUAUACCAAGUGGCACAGAAGCAGUAAGAUCUUUCAGCUUCCCGUGCAGUGGAAAGUCCUUACUACAGAGGCUCUAGAGAUGUUAAAGAAAAUGCUUGUCCCAGAAGCAAUAAAAAGGUGCACCCCUAACGAAGUCAUGAACUGUCUCAAGACACCCUGGAAAAUUAACCUUGAAAAUAAAAACAGAAACGAUAGUGGAAGGAAGCUGGACAAUUCCAAUUAUUUAGGCGAUAGGCUGGACAACAAAAAUAUUAGGAGGAGGGCAAGAUGAGUUUAUACGAUAUAUGAUAUAAUAUGUUUUUAUAUCAUUCUGAUAGCCAGUGAGGCAUUGCCCAUCUGCUGGGAGGUCCUGCGCCUAUAAGGAGAGAUUGCAGGAGAUUCAAGAAAGACUGCAGUAGUUACGGAUGAAGCACAGUCCUAGCGGUUGAGAAGUGUUGGUUUGCUGGAGGUUUUUGAUGUCUUUUGGACAGCAGUCUGAAAGUGUCCAUUGAUAAUAACAAUCCUGCCCAAUGCUUUUAGCAGUGUGUUAUAUUACAAUUACACAGGGAAUGUACCUGGAUCAUAUGCCUUUUUUUGGGGGGGCAACACGGCACAAAGCUUCAUUACUUGGUACACCCUUCUUGUAGAAUGAAGAGUUCCAGUAUUAAAAAUCGAAAAGGCUACUAUACUAUAUAAUACAAGGCGCUGUAUUUAACCAUGGUAGAAUACAGUCUUCCUUUAAAUAAGCAAAGGAGCCAACCCAGCCGUUAUAAUAAGAGUAACUUUAAUUAGCCUGUCAGUGUCAGACUGGGGGGGAAUUCAGGGCCCACCAGGGCUGCACAACAUGUCCCCGUUACAUGCCUGAAUAAAUACCCUUAACAUACCUUUAUACACGAGUAGAGAUGCAAUAUUUCUCACCUUGACUAAGGCAUUCCCUAUCGAUUUUUUUAAGCAGCUUAGUCUUCCCCUAAUCAUUAAAUAGAAGUAUUAUAUUUUGAGGAAAUAGUUUAUUGUUGAUAUAUGAUAAAAUAAAGAUAUAUACUUAUAUUAGUGCACCAGGUACAUUGUAAUGUACAUUUUCAUUGAAAAUAUAACUCAGAUGUUUUGUCAGACAAGCAGAUUAUACCUGUUAAAUUUGUGUAGCCACAUGUUAAAGUAUAUGCGACCCCAGCAUUUUAUAGCAUUUGGAACCAUUUUCCCUGUUCAGCUGUGAAAGCAACAACAUGCAGUACACCCAAGAGAUACUGAGUUUAAUUUUUUACAGCCCCUUUACUGAGUAUAUACAAAGCAAGCCCAGUCUUCCAGCCAUAAUAAAACUGAUGCCGACUCUAGUGUUUGGAAUCCAAGGGAUGAUACAGAACAUAAAUGUAAUGUGAGAACGACAGCAUCAGUUUACAGGGCCGGGUGACCCAUAAUUAACUUGAAGAUAUUAACCUUAUGUGACAUUAUAAAACACUGAGGAGUAUUUUACUUCAGAAUGUCAAGCUGGCAAUCUUGCCCGUUAUUAAACAUAACUGCCGUAGUGUCGUAAACUACAGUUCAGCAACAGCUGGAUUGGAUAUGCAGGCUUUACAGGAAUUCAGUCUAAUUGUGUUCAGUCUAACAGCACUUGUGUAAAACAACUCCUGUUUCUCGCUGUAAAUUCUGUCAGCAGCUACUUUGAAAAUAAACUAUCAUAGUGACCUUUGUUUGUUAUGGACCAAUCAUUUGUAUCAUUUGUAUAACAAGCCCCAAAAAGCCAUUUUUUGUAUCAAUGCAUUAAAUAAAUAUUAUAUUGUGCAAGUCAGCAGCUAA